AUGGCGAUGCUGGUAGAUCGAAGAACUCCUGAUGAUGGCUAUGUGCAGUACGGAGUGAAGUGGGUUGAAAGGCAAAGACAUGUGCUAUUGGUUGUCAUGUCUGGAGCCACCGCGAGUUGGGCAUUGCGUGUUGAGAUCACAAGUAUGCUCGGCGAAUCCGCUGGGUUCGCCAUUGUGAUGGCUGAUUUAGGAAAGUAUGAUCCAAUUGACGAAGAUGGUGGACAGUGCUUGAUUGGUGUAUCUCCCGGUCGAAAGAAGUCGCGCUUUAAAAACAAGCAUUAA